AUGGGUGACGCCCUGUGUGGACCGUCCAACGCGCUACAGAACUUUCAGAAGCAUGUUUCUGUGGACCGGACUCUGCAGCAGGACAGGCUCAUCUCGCGGCAGUCUCCCUCACAGGGCUUUCGCUCUCAAAACCCGAGUGAAAGGAUCCUAGAUCCUGAAUUUGCUGCCUUUGAAUCGAACAACUCUGUAGGGGCCACUUUACCCAACAUUCAACAUGGAGGCCACUUUAUUACGCCCGCUCCACAUAUGCCCAUGUCCCAUCCCGCCGACCCGCCGAACUGGGCAAGCGAUUUUCAGAACCUUCAUAUCUCAGGGCCAUCACAGCCUAUCAGUCAUCAGCCUGGGCCAUCUGCAGCUACCAUGUCGACAGUGCCACAUCAAGCUUGGCACAGCGAGUUCUUAAGGCAGCAGCAGCAACAACCCCAGCACACGCCCGCGCUGCAACAGAAUCAACCUUCUGGUCAAAUGUUCCAACCAUCACUUGCACCUGCCUAUGCCAUGGCCGGAUUACCAAUGGGUACUUACGGAUUGGGACCGGAGACGGUUCAAUCUUCGGGAGUUGGAGCGCUCGAUGACUCGGCCUUCGAGGCUGCAUUUGAGCAGGCCAAGGCGGACAUGGCUUUUCAGUUCGAGGAGUCGGCAGGUGAAACGAAAGUCACCGAGCACAAUUUCAAUCAUGAAACUGAAGAGGUGGCAACUCAACCAAUAGCUCAGGGAACAAUACGGAUUGGGUCCGACACUAUUCCGCAAGUCGACAAGGACGAUCCUCAAGCGGCGGAGAACGAGGCAGACGAGCUUGCCCGGACCGCGGGCCACUUAUUGAACAGCGUCAGUCAUGAGACGAAUCAAAAGUUCCGAGAUAGUAAUUUCCUGGCGUUAAUGCGGCGCAUACGAGACCGUGAGGUCCAACUCGAGGGAGAUGAAUUUCGCGAAACUGCGCAGUCUUUGCAUCCUGGUGGGCCGUAUUAUCCGGAAGGUAAACGGCAAGAACUUGAGAAGAAGAAGUCCUGGAGGCCCAUUGGCCAAAACGACUAUGUUCACAUUACACCCAAUGACAGAAGUAAGUUCAGUGGCACGGCUACGCCAAGCACUCUACGCGCCGAGCAAAGACACAGGCUCCGAGACCUGACUGCUCCUCAACAAAUAGAUGUUAUCUCAGAACGCAUGACGUCCCAUGUCACAGGCGUCGCGGUCUCGAACACACCGACUGCCGAACCCACGGGAAGCCCGGAGUCAAAUGAUCAUGACUCGAUCUACGCAAGUUGGAAUCACGGUGACCGUUGGGCUUAG